AGAAAUGAACACAAAAAUAAAAUUGAUUAACGAAAAUUAAUUGAUUGUAAAGACUAAAUUUUUUAUUAAAAAAGAAAAUAAGCGUGUCGAAAGUAAAAAUUCAGUCCUGGAACUGUUGGUCACGAAGUUACGAAGUCAAGAAACGAGUUACGUUACAAACAAUAUGAAUGUUCAGCGCCUUGUUAGUUAUCUCCUUGCUGCAUUGUCCUUCAUUUGCUUAAUCAAAGGAAAUCUUAGAACAAUUUCUGAAAAAAGAGAUAUUAAUUUGGCAAUAUAUUUGUCAUUAUGUUUGGGAAAGGGAUUAAAAAUCGACUCCUUGAUGCUUUUAGAGGGAAUCGAUUACAAAGUAAAUAUUAUCAACAAGGAAAUGAAUGCUUUCUAUCACGGAAGAAACGACACAAUGAUUUCCAUGGGUUAUGUCAUAUAUGAUGUUUGCUAUGGAUCUAAGGGUACACUUAAAUCAGCGUUGGACUCUGUAUUGCAACACGUUAACUUGCCUUCUAAAGGUAAUGGAACUUGUUGCAUAUCCUAUCCAUCCCGUAAAGAUGAGGUCAUCAUAGUAGCUAACGCAAGUGAAGCUGUUUCUUCACUAAUGGUUAAUCUUCUACAAGCAUCAAAGAAGCCUUACAUAUCAUUGUAUCAGUACAAAUCGUAUGAUCAACUAUACAAAAACUAUUACAAAUUAAAUUCGCAAGAUUAUGAAGUUCUAAAUACAUUUCUCGAGUUGAUAAAAUUUAUGAAGUGGAAACAUGUUGGGCUUAUUUUUUCUAACAAUCCAUAUGGAGAAGCUGGUUAUUAUAGAGCAAUUGAUGUGUUUAAUGAUGCUGAAAUAUGCUUCAGUUUUUCCUUUUUUUUCUCGAAUGGCGCUUCUUUGAGUGACGUGGACAUGAUCAAAAGGCUCAAAGGCAAUGCUUACAUUGACGUGGUACUAUUAUGGUUAACUGCUGAAGAUAGUAUCAGUUUCCUGCAAUUGGCCGACAGGUAUUUCAUAUAUAACAGGACUUGGUUAGCAAGUCCUGCAAUUUCAAAUCUACCUUCAUCUUUUUUUCAAACCUUUGAACCAUUAGUAGUACAGGGAAUGAUACACGUGAAAAAAAGUCGCAAUAAAAAAAUAAAUAGCUUUUUUAACUAUUUUUGGAAGCUAGAAGAAACAAAUGUGAUCAACAAAUGGAGAAAAUAUGCAAACGCUAAUGUGUUGGAAAGUGGUAAUGGAACAUAUCUUAAGUCACUGCAGAAACAGAUAGAUCAGGGGACAUAUGUCACGCUUUACAAUACACUUGCUGCUUUCGACAUUUUUACGUUUGAUUUGAAGAUUAUUAUUGGUACUAAUGUCAAAGAAAAAACCGGAUACAUUAUUGAAGAAGUUCAGAGAAAGCCCAUCCGCUUUGGUUUCAUAAAUAAUGCGGACACUGCGUCAAUAGAAAUUUUGCAAAUUAAUUACACCACCAGAGAAGUUAGUUUCACCUACGUAGCAUUAGUACUAACAUUAUGGGGUAGACUGAAAUUUUCUGAAUUUAAAAAAAGUGUUUGGGCGGGGUAUAGCGAGAGAGCACCUAAUUCAAAGUGCCAUGGACAAUGUUUGGCUGGACACGAACCAAUUUAUUUGAACAAAAGAUGUUGUUGGAUUUGUGUAAAGUGUGCAGACACCACAAUCAAAUCGAAGAAUGGCAGUGAGACGUGCCAAGAUUGCCCACACAACACAGAGUCAAACAGAAAAAGAACCCUUUGCCUUACCUAUAAAAAUAAAUACAUCAUUUAUAAUACUACAAUAGCUUAUGGUGUUUACAGUUUGGUGUGUUUAGGCGCAGCAUUGAGCUUUGUUUUUCUUAUUUUUUUUGUUAAGAAUAGAACCACGCCAUUAGUCCGUUCAUCAAAUACUUUUUUAUCCAUCACACAACUUACAAUUCAUUUUCUUUUAUUUUUGACACCUGUUUCUUCAAUUGGAUACAUCAACAAUACGUCUUGCAUUAUAACAAUGGUUUUACAUGGACAGUUAAUUUGCCUAAUACUAGCCAUUGUUUUUGCCAAGACAGUGUUUCUUGUUCGCGUGUUUCAGAGCAAAAGAGUGCUAAUACGUUCUGUAGUAACAAAAAAUGUUCAGUAUCUUUGGAUACUGUCGAUUCAAGCUGUUUAUGGAUGCCUUGUUAUACUAGCACUUUACCAUUCACCUCAUGGUAUUGUAAACAUGAAAAAUCGAGAACAGCUACUAAACGAAGUAACUUGUGCAAAUCACAAUCUACUGAUUUGUCAAUUUGCAUAUAUUCUAUUCCUGACCGCUUCGUGCAUGGUUCAAGCAUUUCGUGCUCGAAAUUUGCCCUCCUAUUAUAAUGAAGGAACAAAAAUACUGUAUGCAUCAUCUAGUGUGAUUCUUGUGUUGAUAAUGGCAGCACUGCUUCAUACAAGCAUAACAGAUAUAAACAAGAAAGUUAUUCAAUAUCAGGUUCUCUCGUGGUUAAUAAACUUUUGUAUUUUGUUUUUCCUGUUUUCAUUUAAAGUCUGGGUUCUUAUGUUCCAACCGCAACGGAAUAAUAUUCGGGUCUUUCGAAGAAUUUUGUAUAAUAACUCAAAAGAAAGAGUGGAUAUGAAAAUGAGAAAAAGAGAAGGCUCAAGAAGCUGAUAAUUUCUUUGAAAGAAGUACAUUAGUUUAUAUCCGGUUAUUGUUAGCAAGAUAAUAAAUAUAUUUAUUAAAAACCAAAAAUCUUUCUGGCUUUGUUUUGACGUUGUCGUGGCGUAGAGGCUAGAUGCAUUGGGAUUUUUAACCAUCCAGAAAUUGCUGAUUAUCAGCUUUUGACCGCACAGUGGGUGCAAGUUUAAAUGUAAAGAAUCUUGAUUCAGGUUCUACUUGAUUAAAAAUGGUUUUUACUGUAAAUUUAUUGUUUUGGUUCGUCAAAAGAUAAAAUUUGUUUUUCGUUGUUUGAAGUUAAAAGGAAAAAGAAAAUAUUAAUUUGGUAAAAACAAAAUGAUUUUCUCUAUUUUUGCUUGUUUGUUUCAUGUUAAAUUCUACUACAUUGGAACUUCUCCAAGGCGGACAUCCUCUAUACGCCGAACAGUUUAUUUUGUCAGGACCGAACUUCAAAGAAGAUUCUUCUCCAGACUUAGAGGGUAUAAAUUUACUUAAACUUAAACUUUUCAAUUUAAUUUGCUCCAUUAUAAUAUAUAUAAAUAGAUUUUCAAUUAGAACAUAUGCAUUACUAUCUUCUUAAGUUAAACAUAUUAUUUUUGUUCUUUUUUGACUUUAUAUCGACGCGCCUAUUAAAAAUUAUUAAUAAGAGCGCCGUUCAAGUUUUUUAUAACAAGAUGAACAGAAGAUUUCACUAAUAUCCCGUUCACACCGGAAUGAAACCGGUUUUCAUCGAAUUUAAAAUAACAAUGUUUUAUAUAUUAAAUGUUUAUACGGAAAUAAAAUCCGGGAAUGUUGUGUUACUCCAUAGCCGUAAACUAAAUGAAUCAGGAGAAAGUAAAAAAUGUUCUACGCAGUGUUGCGUGCGAUAAGAUAGAAUAGAAGAUAUAUCCACCUGCGCUUUCGCACAUGGGCCGGGUAUAGAUACGUCAAAUUCGAUGUGUACGCGCCAUCUUAAAAGACAUUUUUAGUCACCGCAAUCCUCGUUUGAGGGAGAAAUUCUUGGACAUUAUUUUAAAUGAGGCUGAAUUUAUUGUCAACUACUUGCCAUUAAGUCGGAAUCAGUGUUGCCUUCCUCCCCGUUAUCUUCAAAGUUGCGUCUUUAUAUUGUCGGAAACAAUGAAAAAGAACGCAGUGCGUCCUAGAUACAUUUUAACAAUAAGGAAAAAAAGUAAGUAUUUUAAUGCAUUGUAAAGCAAGCGAAAAUGGAACAUCAGCUUAAGUAAUUUUCGUAUUGAAGAUAUCGUAUUAUUAAAAGAUAAGAAAACUGAAAAAGUAAGAUUACGUUUGGCGAGAGUGGUUUGGUUAAAGAAAGAUUGUGACAGAUAUGUCCAAAGUUGCACUGUAUGUUUAGGAAAUCUCACAUACGCAAAAGUGGACAGACCAACAACGAAAUUUGUGUUACUGUUAAAAAAAGUCAAAGUGCCGACAAAGAGCCAAACCAAAAUAACUGAACUUGAAGGAAAGCAGGUUAAAUAGCCCUUACGGGAUUUU